AUGGCUUGGUCUCAGUUCGAGCCUACGGGGCCUCACGUUACAUACGUGACCCUGACCUUCUUCCUCAUCUUAUACGCGUUGUUCUCGCUUAUGAUUCGGAACCGCCUGCAUCUUUCAGAACCACCUUUAGCCACAGCUUUUGGUAUCAUCGUCGGACCACGUGCUCUGAAUCUUCUCACACCUUACGAUUGGGGCUUCUCUGAUGACUGGAUUCAAGAGACGACGCGCCUCAUCGUCGGAAUCCAAUGUUUUGCAGUCGGUCUGGAGCUCCCGGCAGGCUACCUUCGAAGAAAAUGGCGCGCCUUGCUUAUUCUUCUGGGGCCUGUCAUGACGUUUGGCUGGCUGAUAUGUGCCAUGCUUGUCACGUUCAUCUUUCAGACAGAUUUCCAAACUGGGUUAACCAUAGCAGCGUGUCUCACCCCAACAGAUCCCGUCCUCGCAGCUUCAGUCCUGUCAAACAGUCAGUUCAGCACCCGAGUACCCAAGCGAAUUAGGGAUUACCUAAGCGCAGAGAGUGGAUGCAACGACGGCAUGUCCUUCCCGUUCUUAUACCUGGGACUCAGUCUUUUGCUGAAGAAUACUGUUGGUGGGGUAAUGAAGAAGUGGUUCCUCAUCACAGUACUGUACCAGUGUGUCGGAGGUGUUCUGUUGGGUAUCGUACUAGGCUACCUCUUCAACGCGAUAUUCAAGUUCUCGCACAGUCGCGAGUGGAUGGGCCGAGCCUCAUACCUCGCCUUCUACCUUCUCUUGGCCAUAUUCUCCAUCGGACUGGCAUCCGUUCUUGGCGUUGAUGACUUCCUGGUGGCCUUCUUUGCAGGACGUGGCUUCGCGCACAACCAAAAUGCUCCAACGGAGGAGACUAAACUACCCGUUGUCAUCGACUUGUUGAUCAACUCGGCUUUCUUCAUCUUCUUUGGCGCGAUGAUCCCAUGGCAAAGUUUCAACGCCAUGGAUGAAAUCACGCCUCCACGACUGUUGCUUCUACUCGCACUCAUUCUGCUUUUCCGCAGGAUCCCGAUCGUUUUCACUCUAUUCAAGAUGAAUUGCCUUCCAUCUGUAAAAACCACCACCGAAGCCCUCUUUGUCGGACAUUUCGGACCAAUGGGCGUCGGCGCCCUCUUCCUUGCUAUUGAAGCCCGCGCACAACUGGAAACCGGUACUUCGCUGCCUCUUCCUGAUCCACCAAAUGAUCUCCCAGCAGAUAAACAACGAACAGUCACCAUGAUCUGGCCGAUUGUUUGCUUUGUUGUGCUUGGAAGUACAAUGAUACAUGGUUUCAGUACUCUGGCUGUUAGUAUUGGAGGCCAUUUUGCAAGAAAAGAGGGUGAGCGGGCUCCACUGAUUGGGGCUGAGAGGGAAGGACUGCACGGCAUGAUCCAUAGCGAUAGUGAGGCUAGCGAUAACGAGCAGGAGUAG